AUGACUAGAUAUUACGUAUUACGUGCGGUUUGUCAUAUUUCCCAGCGCGCCCUAUUCACUAUCGCGGACGAGGUUUUUCUGGCGAUCUACACGGUCGAGUUUAUACUGAAGAUUUAUGCGGAACCGAAGAACUACUGGAAGAGCAGCUACAAUCUAUUCGAUGUCACGGUGCUGGCGAUCUCUUGGAUACAGAUGGGAUUAUCACAGAUCGAGUCGGACAGCGGUGGCAAUGAUGACUCCCAGUGGCAAGCCCUCCGCAUCCUACGAGUGCUGCGUACGCUGCGAACUCUACGCACGAUCUCAUUUAUCCGUGGAUUACAGGUCCUGGUCACGGCUUUGAUGGACACCAUUCGAACGUCGGUCAUUAACAUUAUCAUGUUGCUGCUACUGAUGAUGUUUCUCUUCGCCAUCAUGGGCUACUACUUCUUCGGCUACAAGGCCGAUAGCGACAAGGAGCACUGGGGCACAUUGGGCGACGGCAUGUUGACGCUCUUCACCUUCGUUACGGUCGAUGGAUGGACAGAUUUGCAGAAUGCACUGGAUUCGAAGAAUCAAACAGGCAGCCGCUACUAUACAGUUUUGUUUAUCUUUCUUGGCCACUUCAUCUUCACCAACGUCUUCAUUGGCGUUAUCAUCAUGAACAUAAGCGAGGCAACAGAAAGCUACGAGAAUGAAUUGCGGAUAGAGCGUGAAGCCAUCGUGAAGCACAAAAAGAUGUACAUGAUCCAGCGACAGCACCAAGAUGUCCAGCAGAUGAUGCAGAAACAGGCAUCUUCCAACUAUAAGAACUUCAACGACAUGGUGGAAGACUUUCAAAACACGCUGCGCCAUGACGACUACAUAAUGAUGGUGGAUAUGUGCACGAACCUGACGUGGAUGGAAACGCUGUCACGGACCCUCGACCACAUAGAUAACACUAUGUAUCGUUUGCAGCAGCUUCAGUUUGAGAUUGUGAACUUGCUGGCACAUCAGAUGGAAACAAAGCUCAAGAAAAGAUAUGGCCUGUGAUCACAGUUGCACAUUGCUUACAAAACAAACAAUUACUUAUAA